UCACAUGAUCAAAUCGGAGGGAAAAGCUGGCAGCCAUUUGCCUGUUCUCUAAAAAAAACGAGUCCAAGUUCACUCUAGUGCACCGGCAGGUUAAAAGAGGAGAGACUGAAGUGAAAGAGACAGGGACUCGAUUCCAUAAAUUGAUCCUGAUUUGUACUGAAGGAUUAGCUGCUAUUUGAAUUCUCGUCUGGAGGAUAUUAAGAAAUGGCCAGUUUCUAAGGCGGUGGAAGAUUUUCUCAGGAAGUGUGAGGUGCAUGCGGAUGAAUCACUGACACAGUUUUGCCAUGACCACGGUCAGCUGUGCUGCUCUGCAUGUGUUGGAACAAUUCACAGCCAGUGCAGUAAAGUGACCCAGAUUUCGGAGCUGACCAACUCGCAGCCCACUGGCCUGGAGGGGAUGUCAGUGGAGCUGGAAACUGUCCUGGGGGAAAUUAAAACCCUGCAGAUCAGUCAGAAGGCCAGCAUUCAGUCAUUGCAGAAAACAUACAAGGAACAUAGUGCAGUUAUGAUAGAGCAAAUGCGUGGCAAUUUAAAUACUUAUAUAGAUGAAUGUGAUAAUAGUUCUGCGGGUACAUCAGGCGGAAAUGAGCAAUAUUUAAAAGAAGAGAUGUGUAGGAGUGUUCUCUCUAUCGUGAAUGAAUUUGAUAAUAUUACUGCGAAGGAACUUAACGAGAUGAAAGAUGAAGUUAUAAGCAUUAAAGGGUCAGUUACAAGUUCUAUUCAUAAAUGCACCACUCUUCACAAUGACUUGUCACAAUUCCAUGAACUUGUUCAGAAAAUUGGAGAUAAUAAGGAGCUCUGUCUUAUAGCCAGCAUAAAAUGUAAGCAUAUAAUACAGCAGGCAUUGACUCUGCUAGGAAAGUCAGGCAAGGCGUUUAACGUCCAGCGGAAGUCUGUGCACAAUGUGAGAAUACCAAGUGAUUCAUAUGAAUGUAGUAUUGCAGGCAUAUGUGUUCUGACUGAUGGGCAGGUGCUGGUCGCAGACUCGAAGAAUAAGAGGAUCAAGCUGCUGAACCAGCAGUACCAGGUGGUGAAUCACUGGGAUGUGACUGCUGGGCCAUGGGACAUAUGUUUGAUCACAUCCAGUGAGGUUGCAGUGGCUGUGAAUGACCAUGAUAGCAAGAUACAUGAGGUCCAGUUUAUCACUGUCAACCAGGGAAAGCUUGUCUCUGGCAGGAAGUUUCAGUUACAACAUGAAUGUACAUGUAUUACCCAUCACCAAGGAGACCUUUUUGUCACCUCUGGUAAAGAAUUGUACAAAUACACAUUGAGUGGCAAACUGAUCUGCAGACUCUACCAAGAUAGAUCAGCUAAUUGGACAGUUAUCAGGUGUGCUGUGAGUCCCACAGGAGACAGGCUGUACAUCACAGGCUACUGGCAGCACAACAAGCUUCUCACCCUGGCCAGGGAUGGCACACUCCUGGCUACAUUCACAGACCCAGCACUAGUGGGCCCACGUGAUCUACAUGUGACCCCUGCAGGCCAGGUGCUGGUCUGUGGAUACUGGUACACUGUACUACAGGUGGGCUGGGAGGGGCAGAGUAAGCUGGCUAAUCUUGCUAUUCAGAAGAACCCACGGUCAGUCUGCUACAGCAGCAAAACAUCCUCCAUCAUUGUGGGACAGAUGGACGACAACAUCCUGGUGUUCAGAGUGGAAUAGUGUGUACAUUUGCUGCUGACAGUCGGGACAACGAUGCUGAGGAUGUGGGAGACAAGCAUGACGCAGAAGGAGAGCACCAGCAUUGAUAUUGAGUUGGCCAAGCAACAGCACCAGUCUGGCCUGCAGGAGCCCCAAUACAGAAUGAUCCUUUCCCUCUCCUGAUCCCGAGCUCCUCCCACUGGACCACCGGCCACAAGGGAUCAGCAUCGUUACACAAGUCUGUUCUGCAAAAAAUCCACAGCACGUCAAGUUUUCACGCGCUGUUAUGAACAACCGAAAUGUCCGUGUCGAGAUUUCCCCAAGCAUGCCCGAGUAGUUUUGUUUAGCUCUAGUGCCCGAGUAGGAUGAGUGUUACAGAAGCGAGACGUUAUAGCAGUACUUAUGGUAACGCUAACAGUUAACGCUAACAGUUAGUUCUCGCUGUGGACAUCACAAAGUAUCUCACGAAGAAUUAAACGUUGAAUAAUUUGUUUCAUUCUUUAUAAGACAGCUAUAUAUUCAGCUAGGAAUGAGAGCAAAUCAAGGAACAAUUGAAACGAUUCAUUUAGAAGUGUAUCUGCUGUAGAUAGUUAGGACAGUAGUAGCGUUACGGACUGUCCUCAGCACACAAUCUAUUCAUGUGGUGCGCCUCAGACGCGAAUUCCGCCCAUUUUUGAAAACAAGUUGCUAAAAGUAAACACGUCCAGUUUUGUUAUGAGCACUUUGCACUCCGAGCCCAAAAGGCAUCGCAUUGAAUUGAGACUAAUGAAGGCGUAAAAACAUGACACCAGAUUUGUUGUAUGGUCCAGUACGCCCUUCGACUCUCAACCCGAAGUUAAUCAGAACUCAAUCUCGGCCCUUAACAAUAUCUGUGAGGCCAGCAUAUCAGCUCAGCUUCUGAGCUUCAGCAAACACUUUAAGCCGCCAAGAUAAAAACAUCGUUGAAGUGAAAGUAGAUGACUAUCCUGACCCCUUCGCUUAAGUAAUUCAGCACAAAAACGUCUUGCGUCAGAGUAGCAAACCUCCAAACAUCUUCUCCCAUGUUGGCUACAUCAACACUUCUUACAGCGGAGCCUUGACGAGUUUGACUUCCAUCCCAGCAUCGACUUGUUCCUUAUUGCGACUGACCUCGAUAAGUUGCUCUCGAAUAAUGUGAACCUUAUGCCAGUAUGUGAUUGACGCCAUUUAACAACAGUUGCUGUUGAGAAUUCCCGGGUUUGAGGUGGCAACUUUGGCGUCAGGACUCUCUCCAUCUCUGUCUAUGGCCCGGUCAAAGCAGCAGCAGCAGCAAUAAGAACAACAAGUAGUAUCUGAGAGGUGCUCUGCUGGGAUACGGGGCUUCAUGUAUGUGCUUAAAGUGUCAUCCCAGAAAAGCCUGUGGAGACUGCACAUACAUUAAGACCUAUUAAAGCAUCAUCUCAGAUUAGCCUAUGCAGACUGCACAUACAUUAAGACCUAUUAAAGCAUCAUCUCAGAUUAGCCUGUGCAGAUUGCACAUACAUUAAGUCCUAUUAAAGUUUCAUCUCAGAUUAGCCUGUGCAGAUUGCACAUACAUUAAGUCCUAUUAAAGUUUCAUCUCAGAUUAGCCUGUGCAGACUGCACAUACAUUAAGUCCUAUUAAAGCAUCAUCUCAGAUUAGCCUGUGCAGACUGCACAUACAUUAAGCCCUAUUAAAGUGUCAUCCCAGAUUAGCCUGUGCAGACUGCACCUACAUUAAGCCCUAUUAAAGUGUCAUCCCAGAUUAGCCUGUGCAGACUGCACAUACAUUAAUUUCCAUUAAAGUGUCAUCCCAGAUUAGCCUGUGCAGACUGCACAUACAUUAAUUUCUAUUAAAGUGUCAUCCCAGAUUAGCCUGUGCAGACUGCACAUACAUUAAUUUCCAUUAAAGUGUCAUCCCAGAUUGGCCUGUGCAGACUGCACAUACAUUAAGCCCUAUUAAAGUGUCAUCCCAGAUUAGCCUGUGCAGACUGCGCAUACAUUAAGUCCUAUUUAUCUGAGAAUGAGGCUCAUAUAGUUCACUUAACGUCAGUCCUUUUUCUGGCUGAUUAAGGAAAAGUUCCUAGCAUAAAAUGUGAAUUCUUUGAUUUUAAAUUUAUCAAACUUGAUAAAUAAAUAGCAAAUAAAAGUUAAUCUGAUAUCAGUUUUAAUCAUAGGUCAGGGCAUAGUUGUGCCCAUUUUUCUGCUGAAAUUUAGCCCUUGAACAACAGUUUCUCCUUGCAAUAAAUAAAUCCACUUUAAUUAUUAAAUUCUAUUAAAUUUAAGUAAAACAAUUAUUUAAUGCCUUCAGCACAUUAUAAAAUUAUUAUCUUCAUUUAUUUUCAAUAUUUAUUUUAAUUGCCAAAUUUUGUUUUAAGAGCUAGUUCCUAGCAAUCAUAGGUCGGUACCCUGCUGAAAAACAUGAUCUCUGGUCAGCUGGGCCCAGAUGCCCAGCAACACUUCCUAGCCCAGGACCUUGGGGCAAAUGCUCAACAUGUCCUAUCUGCAUGGUGAAGCCAGUCUAAUUCUUGGGCUCCAAACUCUCCUGCUGUGGGGCCGAGAUUACCUCAUCCAUAAGAGGCCUUACACUCACAAGAUCAGGCCCAGAGAACGGUGUUCCCCAACUACAACACAACCAGUACGUCUCCAUAAAGGACAUCCUUCCUGAAAACCUCGCUGAGUGCGACUGUGCCAUACGUGACCCUUCAGUGAAAUGAGAUUCCAGGUGGAAUGUCAAACAGCGUAUCUUGUUAAGUGUUUGGCAGUACCAAGCCACGUCGAGGCAGCAGCAAAAACAACAGUAGCAGUCUAGUAAGCUGUCUUACACGUUUGAGCUACCUAGUUGUAGCAGUUUUCAGAAACAUUGUCACAAUAUGGAUUGUUUUAAUAAAACCUAAUGGAGUUAUAGAGCAUAAUUACUGAUUCGCGUGUAAGAUCGUACUUUCGUCAACAACACUGAUGCAAAGCAUGACAGCUAAUACAAGUAUUAAUGCACAAACUAAAGUAUGAAUUUCUUGAUAAUUUAAUUUAUUCGCAAACAUUAGUUUCAAAACAUAUUUAAGCAUAUCGAUAUUUUUUACUUUGCUUAAAUUUAUUGUUUGAUUUUUAUCACUUUGCCUCUCUUUUCCUAACCAGGUCAAGGGUCACCCCGCAACGUUCAGUGCCUAGCUACCUAUUUGCCACGGUCUGUUGCAAAGUCCACUCAACAUGGAUUGUUUAAAUAAAACAAAUGGAGUUAAAGAAGAUAUUUGCUGAUUCCUGUGUAUGAUCUUAAUUGUAUAUGAAACAAUACAUGAACAACACUGACGCAUAGGAAAGGUUGACGGUCGCCCAAAACCACCCAGUGUCUUGCGAUGAAAACCUUGCCCUUGUACACACCUAAUGGUCAGGUUGACGAUCACUUGGGCUUAGAUAGUCACUGCAGUAAGAACGUAAGAUGACUUCACAAUAGGACAUCCGAGACUGCAAUGACGAAAUGAGUGUCCUCACUUCAGCAGUGGAAGCCAAUACACAAUACACAAUACGAGAGUUUCCAGCGGCUUACCUUAUCUGAAAACCUGGGUAGCAGAGCAAUGAGUAUGUCCCAGGAGCAUUUGCAGUCAUCGUCUCCAGAUUAUGAGUUUCCCAUGCUCUACAACCCUCAGUCUAUGAACAUCAUGCAGAGCGAACCUUGGAGGUCCCUUGACACAAUUAAACCAGCAAAUCAGGAGGACAGCCUGUUGCUACCGUUGUUAUCAUAUUAACCCCAUACCGAAGAAGCUCAGAGAUAUAAAUGCUGUUUAAGAUGUGCUAGUCUCUACAUACCCCGUGUCUGGUGUGAACAUGUUCAAUUGAAGGUCUCUACAUACCCCAUGUCGGGUGUGAACAUGUACAAUUGAAGGUCUCUACAUACCCCAUGUCUGGUGUGAACAUGUACAAUUGAAGGUCUCUACAUACCCCAUGUCUGGUGUGAACAUGUACAAUUGAAGGUCUCUACAUACCCCAUGUCUGGUGUGAACAUGUACAAUUGAAGGUCUCUACAUACCCCAUGUUUGGUGUGAACAUGUACAAUUGAAGGUCUCUACAUACCCCAUGUCUGGUGUGAACAUGUACAAUUGAAGGUCUCUGCAUACCCCAUGUCUGGUGUGAACAUGUACAAUUGAAGGUUUCUACAUACCCCAUGUCUGGUGUGAACAUGUACAAUUGAAGGUCUCUACAUACCCCAUGUCUGGUGUGAACAUGUACAAUUGCAGGUCUCUGCAUACCCCAUGUCGGGUGUGAACAUGUACAAUUGAAGGUCUCUACGUACCCCAUGUCCGGUGUGAACAUGUACAAUUGAAGGUCUCUACAUACCCCAUGUCUGGUGUGAACAUGUACAAUUGAAAGUAUCUACAUACCCCGUUCCGGUGUGAACAUGUACAAUUGAAGGUCUCAUCUUUGAAAUAGGGACAGGUGGAAAAUUAAUGAAUUGACUUUACAUGUAAUAUAGAGGUGGUAGUUACACACAUUGUUUAGACAGGUGGAUAAUUUUAAUGCUAAGGCUUUGAUACUCUUAAGUGUGCCCAUUAGUGUCAGGUGUUUUUGUCAAGCAUCUUGUUUAUUAUCUUAGUAUUUCAAGACAAUAUUGAUUAAUUUUAGACAAAAUCAUUUAAUCUUCUUUAAAUUGUCUAUUCUGUAUUUACUACCAGUUAUUUAUUAAUUUGCUUGAACAUGAUUUAAGAAUGACUUUUUUGUUGCUUAAAAUGCUUUAUAUGUUUUAAAACUGAGCAUUUAAAAACGAAAAUAUAGGAUGUGGAAAUAAUGUCUGAAGUUAUGAUAAUUAUUUUUUGUUUUUGUAAAGUUAAUUAUGCUUUAUAUGUUUGCGUAUAGACGACCAGAUUAACCUGACCAAGAAUCCUUGAUCAAUGUGUAUAUCGGUCACUUCAUUUGUCAUUUGUAUAUAGAGCGAUUGCGAAAUGAUUGUAUUGUUAAUGAAAAUAAUGCGUUUAUUGUUGCCAUUUUGAUUUUCGCUGUUAACAUGUAUUUAUACAAACAAUUUUCAUCAUGUACAUCUUUUAGGUGCCAGAUAAUAAAAAAAACAUUGCUUGUGGGAAUGCUCAUUUAAAACUUUCUUAAUGAUACAGAACAACACAUUCUGAAGAGGCUAAUAUGCUUUAGGCAAUAGGAACAUCUUGUUACUAGUAUAUGUAAUGCCUUUCACUAAAUAAAGUCAAGCAACUAUCGAAAGAUUGGUUUAACUUUAUUUUGCAUUAUCUUAAGAAAAAUUAAUAUAUUCAACUUGGAAAUCGGUCAAUUUCAAAUCAAGCGAGAAUGAUGAAUAUUUGUACGCAAGAUAAGGGAUGUUUUUGCUUGAAAAAAAGUGGUAUCCCUUGUAAGAUAAUGAUUCUGUUCAUCUCUCAACAUAAGUGGCUUAAUAAAGCUUUAAAAAAUAUGACACACUUAAUACUCAGCCAUCUGUUUGUAUUGGGGUUUUGUGGAAUACUUACUUAACUAAUAUACGUCUGUUCAAUGAAUUAAUAGUUAUGGUACAAUAUGAUACUCAUUGUUAAAAAAUAUGUGUAAUAAAAAUAUAAUGGCAUUUAUUUGAAAUCAUAAAAUUUAGUUUUCCAUACAAUGCUUACAGUUUUGCAAUUGCGACGAUAAAGUAAAUGUUCUGCUCAAAAUGUCUGUUAAAGACAUGUGUAUAUUGUAGCAAUUAUAUUGUACUUGUAUUUAUAUUUAACAUGAUAUUAAUUGAUUUAUGGCUGAUGAUAGCGGCAGUUUACUAGUUGUGUAACAAUUUGUUUCACUCGAUCAUCAGACCAUAUUUCCUUAAAAAUGUGAUUGUUCAUAAUGAACUGUAAUUGAAUGCAUGAAACAUUGUUGUUCUGUUGCUUAACAGCUGAAAAUAGCUUGAUGUUUGUUAAUUGUAUGAAAUGUUUCAAAUAAAUCAUAUUGAUACAUAGAAAAUAAAAUUACAUUAUUCGUUAAUUUGAAUGCAUAUCAAACAAUUGUUACCAUACAAGCAUAUUUGUGUUGAACUUAAUUGAUACUUUGAGAUGCAAUUUUUACAAUAAUGUAUAAAUAUUUUCAUCUAUUCCAAAUGAACAUUUUGCAUUCGUUAAUAUAGGGUUUAUAUAUACUUUAUAAAAACUUAUUAAAUGCUUUAUAUAAAUUGAUUGUGUACCUCAUAUUGAUUAAAGACUCUCUUAUUUAUUGCACAGUUGUGUGUGCAUAUGUCUGACUUAUGUCUAUAUAGUCCUUAAAGUUAAAUUACUGCAAAUAGUAUUUUAAUAAUGUUAAAAUAUUUAUCUAAACUAUAACCAGGUUAUCUGUUAAAUUAAGUUUCAUACAUUUGCAUCGUCUAGCUAAUUGAAGUGUUUAUAUUCUCGCCUACAUGCAGUGUAUGGUUUAGACAAAGCACAUUACACAACUCAUGUUGUUUUAUCCAUCAUUACUAACCAGUGUUUAGUCCGUAGAAGUUAACGUAUACUAAAUAUUUCGGUUGUGCAAUGCUUUGCUCUCUAAAUAAAUCAACACCAUUUAUUGAUUUUCUAUGUGGGCACUUGAAUUCCCAUGACUUUAUUUGUGAAUAUUUCUUUUAAUGUGCGGUAGGGAAAACAUUGUCUGCUUGAAGGUUUAGAAACUUAAUGUUGGCAUCUUGAAAGAUGGCAGAAAACAUUUUACUGCAGAGUAGCUGUGAAAAGAUGUAUGUUGAACAAUGUAAGACAGAACUGCACGCAAGAUAUGUCAUGCAUUCGAUAUGCAUGAACUAUCUUUUUUAAUUAAUUUGGAUCGGAAUUAUCUUUUAGAAAUGGUAUGGUUAUAAGGGUCCCUAUGUGCAAAAUGUUGCAUUUAUUUUGUGUACAAGAUAUUGCUUAAACAUUGAAUUUGUUAUGGAAAUAAUAUAGUUUAUGUGACUUAAAGAGAUAUACAUGUUUAUGUCAGUGAUGUGUUUUGCUGAUCCAAGUCUGUUCCUGCACACUAUUUAAAGUAGAUAACUACAAGUUAUCUCAUUUACUGUAAAUGGGAAUAGUAUUGUACUGUGGAAAAGUGUUGCGAGUUCAAAUAAAAAUACUAUGAAC